CCCGUCAGUCUUCACAUCCCAGGAUUAUAUCUCAGGUCCGCAGCUCCAUCCCUCGCUCGAAACCGCACACCGCCAAAGCUAACCCUACCGGCUGGCAGAUCAUAUCUGGAAAGCUUCAGUAAACUGAAACUUCCAAAUAAUCCAUAACCUACCUCUAUCUCCCAAACUCGAAUACCACACAGUAUGUUUGCACGCCUCGUAAAGCCCGCGGCUUUCAAGCCGGCAGGUCUUGGCAUCAAGAACCGGAUCGCCCAACAAGCUCGGUUCCUGGCCACGGUUGAGGGAAGUGCUGGACGUGUUUUGCCCGAGACUCGUCCUAAAGCUACUCCUAUCUCUCACGACCGAGCCACAUUCACAAUUCGAAAUGGCCCGAUUUUCCACGGCAAAUCCUUUGGUGCCAAAACAAACAUCUCCGGUGAAGCCGUCUUCACCACCUCCCUCGUUGGAUACCCCGAAUCUAUGACGGAUCCCUCAUACCGUGGGCAAAUCCUCGUCUUCACCCAGCCCCUCAUUGGAAACUAUGGCGUGCCAUCAUCAGCUCGAGACGAGCACGGUCUCCUUAAAUAUUUCGAGUCACCAAACAUUCAGUGUGUUGGUGUGGUCGUUGCAGAUUAUGCUGAGAAGUAUAGUCACUGGACUGCCGUGGAGAGCUUGAGUGACUGGUGUGCUCGUGAGGGAGUUCCUGCUAUCUCCGGGGUCGAUACUCGUGCCAUUGUCACAUAUCUCCGAGAGGUGGGUUCGUCAUUGGCUCGAAUCACUAUCGGGGAGGAAUACGAUGCCGAUCAGGACGAAGCCUUCGUGGACCCUGAACAGAUAAACCUGGUCAAGAAGGUCAGCACGAAGGCCCCAUUCCACGUGAGUUCCCAUAACGGGGAUUUGCACGUGGCGGUCAUCGAUUGUGGAGUCAAGGAGAACAUCUUGCGAAGCUUGGUUGGACGCGGUGCAAGCGUCACCGUCUUCCCAUAUGACUUCCCCAUCCACAAGGUUGCCCACCACUUCGAUGGUGUGUUCAUCUCCAACGGCCCUGGUGACCCAACCCACUGCCAGGAAACCGUCUACCACUUGAGCCGGUUGAUGGAAUCCUCCCAAGUCCCAAUCAUGGGUAUUUGCCUUGGCCACCAACUGCUCGCUCUUGCGGCUGGUGCUCGUACGAUCAAGCUCAAGUACGGAAACCGCGCCCACAACAUCCCGGCUCUGGAUUUGACAACCGGUCAAUGCCACAUCACCAGUCAGAACCACGGAUAUGCUGUUGACACUACCACCCUUCCCCAAGAAUUCAAGGAGUACUUCGUCAACCUGAACGAUGGCAGCAACGAAGGCAUGAUCCACAAGACCCGCCCAAUUUUCUCUACCCAAUUCCACCCUGAAGCCAAGGGAGGCCCAAUGGACUCAUCGUAUCUCUUCGAUAUGUACAUCGAGAACGUUCAGCGUUUCAAGAAGAACCAGGCUGUAUUCGCAGCUGGCAAGGACAACAGACCUAACCCAUUGCUUGUGGACAUCUUGGCAAAGGAAAGGGUUGGCGUUCAACCGACUCCGGCUGUUGCUCCCGCCGCUGCUGCUGCUGCUUAGAUGCUUCUUGUUUAAACUUCUUGGGUUUUGGAAGGGCGUUGGGUAUGCACGUGAUUAUGAACGGUGGUCGAGCAGAGCUGUUUUAUGAUUUCUAGCGAGUAACAUGACUUCAUUUAUUAGAGCAGUUCCACACUCGUG